UCCUAGCCGCACCACGCGCAGAACCUCACCACCACUCGGCCGGGCAACUCGACCGUCGACGUCACUCCGUCCACGACCGAUCGAUACCACCCCACCACCCUCUCACUUACUGCUGAAUCACCAGUGACUCAUGAACCAUGCAUAUCACAUCAGGAAUGUCGCCGACGUCCGGCGAAAUGCUAGACACAAAUCUCUACGGAGAUUCAGGCUGUUUUCAACUGGAUCAUGCAGUUCCUGAAUCUUCUCACACCGUCGAAAUCGAAUAUAUAUACGAGCAGCCGCAAAUCUACGCCCAGACGGCGCCUGAAGAAAAGAUAAAGAAGAUCCGACCCAAGAAGAUCGCGAAAGAUGAAGACACGGACUUAACCAAUCUUAAUUGGCUGCAGAACAUCACAAAUAUAAUGUCCAUACCGCAGCUUCCUAUAUCACCAGUGUCGCCGAGCCCGCAGACGACACGCCUGGAGAAGUUUAACAAAACUCUGCUGAAAUGCCAAGAAGACUUUCACUUGAACCGGGAUGAAUAUAAGAAUAGCGAGAAAAAGCCUCCUUAUUCUUAUAGCACGUUGAUUUGUAUGGCGAUGCGGUGUAAUAACAAUAAAAUGACUUUAUCGGCGAUCUACUCGUGGAUAAGGGAUAACUUUAGGUACUACCAGAUCGCAGAUCCCACGUGGCAGAAUUCUAUAAGGCAUAAUCUAUCACUUAACAAGGUGUUUGCAAAAGUAGCGAGAUCAAAGCACGAACCUGGAAAAGGUGGCUUCUGGAAGUUAGACCUCACCUCUUUGGAAGGUACAAAACGAAUUUCAAACCGACCAAUAAAAAAGAAGAAAGUUGAAAAAGAUAAAAGCGAAAUCAGUGUUGCCGUAUCAAAUAUUCCACAGAUUAAUAAUAGUACACCUGACAAUAUUGGUCAAGCUGUUACAAUACAUUUACCUGAGUUUGUCCAACCUUUGUCUAAUACUAUGGAACAUGUUGGAGCUAAUGUUAUCGUGGAGCCGGCUGUGCCACCUCCGUUAAUGGCUGAAGACGACCUGUCCUCUUUACUUCUCAAUCCAACUGAAUGGGAUGAUUUGCAAUUGGAUAUGUUUGAUUACCUGGAUCCCUGCUUUAAGUGAGUAUUUAAAUUAAUAGACAUUAUUAUCUUAUUGCCGUGACUUUGUUCGCGUGAAACUAUAUCACGCUUCCUCAGAAACUCUUCAGAACCCCGGAAUAAAAUGUCCUUUUGACAACAUGUGUGGAAAAUUUUAUAAGCAUUGGAUGAGUAUCUAGUAAAACAAAUACGCAUUCAAAUUAAUUAUUGUUAUUAUUAUUUUUAUAGCUAGGAUAUUAAGACUAUUAUUUAUUAGGUAUUAAAUAUAUUUUGAGAUUUGUCCAAAUGUUUUCCUUGUCGAGAGAUUUCUCUGAAGCUAUGAAUAUCUUUUGCUUUUAAUGUACUUUUAACAUAAUAAUUAUUUGAGUAAGAAUAGGCACCUACUUAACCUAUUUGUCCCUAGGAUUUGUAGUGUGGUUUUAUUAUAAAGUGUAAUUUAAAAAUCUUAGUUUUUUUUAAGGAAUCUUCUAAGUGAGCCGUUCUAUUGAGUGAUUGCAGUAAUUUCUGUAUUCCAUGUUUUGCCUUAUAACAGUUUAUAGUCUGUAAAACAAUAUGUACCUAAAGGUAGGGAGGAAAACUAAGGUUAUGGAACGGUAUUUAGCUGUACGGGGAUUGUUGAAAAUGUAUAUUAAAAAUAUAUAGGUAUCUUUACCGUCCAGUAUUUCAUAUUAUGAUAUAGUUUGUAGGCAGUAGAAUUUUUAUACCUUAUUGAAUAGACGAAGCUGAAACAUACUUCUAGAGUAGGUACCGUCGCAAUCACAAGUGGAACUUAUAAUUAUAUUUUAGGCUUUAAAGGAUCGCAAGACAUAAUGUGUGGUUCCGUGAUUUGCAAAGUAAAUAAAUUAAAUAGUUAGUAGUUUCUUAUUAUGUCUGUCUGUGUAAACAAGGUAAUUAAAUGUAGUUUUUUAUAACGAUUUUGUGAUAAAAAAAAGCGAAAGAUUUUCGUAUAUAGUAUCUACAGUAUGUAAGAGUAGCAGCACUAGUCAAUACUUAGCCAAUGUAGGGUUUUAUUCUAUUUAUUUCAACUAUAUAAGUAGAUAGAUAACAACAGUUAGAACUUUUUAAUGUGUUCUAAAUAUUUCAAAAUGUAAUAUAUUGAUAAACUAGCCUCAAGAUGUUUUACUUAAAUGUGUCAUCUACAAUUACAAUAAAACGUUAUAUUUAUGUUCACCUACUUAUGUAAUCACGUUCAGUUGUGACUGCCAAUUGAAACAUUUUGUGUAAAAAAAAAAGUUUUGAUAGCUCGCAUUUUUAUACAAGGCAUCGCAGAAUAUUUUACUGCGAGGGGAUCCGAAAACGAACUUUCAAAGCAAACACAGAUAUGGAGUGUCAUCACAUACUAGAUAAUAAAACUUAAAAGUAUUAACCUGAUCAUUUUUUAUGAAACCGAUUUAACGAAACUUGCUCAACAAUAAUUAAAUGUAUAAAAAAUAUUUAUUUAGAAGGUAUCACUCUUCAAAUAUUUUAAAGGUAAUGUUUUACUAUCAUAAUGUAACACAGAGAUAGUAAAACAAUGUAUGGAUAACAUACAUAACAUACUUUAAGUCUUGUAUUAACGUAAAAAGCUCAAUUAUAAAAUUGAUUAUUUAUUUAUUUUAUAGCAAAUUAUUGUAUUUAACACGCUCAAAUGCUAAGCUUAACAUGUCUUAAAGACCUUUUUUACUUUUAAAUUGAUGAAUACAAAUUUUGUGAAAAUGUUGUAUUACAAGAACUAUCAGUAUUCCGUCCAGUAUUGAAAUUAGUUUGUAACGUUUGCUCAGCACUAUGUGUAUUUAAAUAUAUUUUUAAUAUUAUAUCCGUAAGCGACUUUGAAUUUGGUUGUUAGAAAAAUAUAGCAUAGGUAUAGAUACAAACUAUGCAAAAAAAAUUACAAAUUUGGAUUUAAGACCCUUUUCUCAGUCCAGCCUUAGACAAAAUUAUAUGUUUACCAAUUAUAAAUUAAUAAUAUUAUUACUCGUCCUGACUGACUCGUAAAUGCAGAGUUAAAUCACUGGGACGCCAAACUUGAAAUCUUGCACAAAUAUUCUCAAGAGCCACAAGCGAACUGGGAAGGAUUCUAUGUAAUUUCACCCCUAAGGGGAUGAAAUGAGGGGUGGAUAAUCUGCGAGACUUUCAAAGUAAGAUGUAGGAAAUUUCAUAUUGAUAAGUUUUUCUAGUUUCAGUUUAGUCUUUUUGUAAACGUUUGUCUGUUGUACUGUGUAAAUACAAUUAGCUACUCUAGUUAAUAGUGUAUGCGUAUAUAGUUAUAGUUUUAUCUACAGUUACUUCUUGCCCUUUAGGUAAGACUUUCUUAUGUUAGGUUAUAGUGCAAUAACACAUAUUUCAAAUAAUAAAUACAGUACCUAUUAAUUAUAAUGCACAUAAAUAGAAGGUAGGUACUUAGUAUUCCAAAAUGGAUAAUAGAAAGCAUGUAUCUAUAUGUAAUAGAUGGUAUACUUUAUGUUUAGAAAAAUAUCUAGUCAUUUAAGUGUAGGAAUAGAUUUUUAUAAACGGUUCUUUAAACUUGAAUCUUUUUGACUUUGUGUGGAAAUAUGUUAUAUCAGAAUGUUAUGUUUAAUCUGGUGAAAAAAAGAAAAGUUUUUCAAAACAAGUCUUUUAAUAAGCACUAUUUUAUUAUCCAAAGAUGCUGCAUCUAUCAGCAUGAUUUUCUAAUCCUUGGUAAUGUAAUUUGUGUCCGACUGUACUUGACGUAUGAAAAUGGUUGUAACGUGGCUCACUUCUUGUAUUGUGCGAUUUGUUCUUGUAGAGUUGAAAUAAAGAUAUUAUGAUGAAAA